AUGGUAAACGAUACGACAGGAAGAGUUCCCCGAGCCCACAAAGAAGACAGUGAUUUAAGAAUAAGAGAGAAAAGUGAUCCAAGAAUAAGAGAAGACAAUAAUCUGAGUAUAAGAGAAGACAAUGAUCCAAGAAUAAGAGAAGACAAUGAUCCAAAAAUAAGAGAAGACAAUGAUCCAAGAAUAAGAGAAGACAAUAAUUUAAGUAUAAGAGAAGACAAUGAUCCAAGAAUAAGAGAAGACAAUAAUCUAAGAAUAAGAGAAGACAAUAAUCAAAGAAUAAGAGAAGACAAUGAUCCAGAAUAA